AUGCGCAAAGCGCGUGACGGUUACGAACGUGAGGGCAUGCACUUGUAUACAACAGGAAACCGCGUGCAACUCUAUGCCGCUACUGCUGAUUACUUUUACGAUGUAGCUGAUGAUAUGCUCGAUGUCCGUCGUGGAGAUCUCGUGUACAUUGCAGGCUGGGGGACAUGUAACGUGCCUUUCAAGCCUCGUGAGCCUGAUACAAAGCUCUGCGACCUCGCUGAAGUUGCUGUCAAGCGCGGCGCUGAUUGGCGCAUGCUUGUGUGGUCGAAUGUCACUGAACGUACACAAAAUCACGAGGUGCGGGACCUUAUUAAUGCGCUGCCACCACCCCAAGAGAACGGCCCUGCACGUUUUGUUUACGACGAUCGUCUGCCAUACGCGACGUCGUCACAUCACCAAAAGUCUGUCAUUGUACGCAAAGGACGUGACCUUGUGGCGUACGUGGGUGGCGUGGAUCUGACUAAUGAUCGUUGGGACACUCUUGAACAUGAUCAAGCUCAACUUCGUGAACAGACGGGCAUUAAAUGCCUGUGGAACGGCUGGUUGGACGCCCAUGCACGUAUUGAAGGUCCUGCUACGAAAGACGUAGCGUGCAACUUUCUGGAUCGUUGGAAUAUGACAACAAAACCGUGCCAGGAUCUUAUGGAUGAUAUCUUGGACUUUGAAAACCCCGAUUUUUCAAACCUCCCGCCUAUUGGGGAGAGUGAGACACCUUUGGAGAUUCCUAGGGAUGGAAGUCAUGCAGUGCAACUUUGUCGCACGUUCAGCCCUGAAUACCAUCACUAUGACUUUGCACCGCAAGGUGAACAGUCGAUCUUCCACGCUCGUAUCAAGGCAAUCCGUAAUGCACAGAACUACAUCUUCAUUCAAGACCAGUAUUUCAUUCUAGUGCCACAGCUCCUGGAGGCUAUCAUGGACAUGAUGCCGAGCAUUGAACGUCUUAUUGUCAUUGUGCAGCGCACAGUUGAGGCUGGCUACACUGGCUACGCCAAGUACCUGUACGACAUGGUGGCUCCUAUCCAGAAGGCAUUUCCGGACAAGUUCAAGCUGUACUCGACCAAGGAGUCAAAAGAGUUGUAUAUACACAGCAAGCUGGUGAUCAUUGACGACGUUUACGUCUCGUUGGGAUCUGCUAACUGGAACCGCCGCAGCAUGACGAGCGACUCGGAGAUCGGCAUCAACGUCGUGGACACGGAGCACGUGCAGUCGCCCGAUAACAUCACGGUGAACAAGUUGGCGCGCAACUUCCGUAUCCAGAAAUUCAUGGAGGCGACCAAGCAGACGUACGACGAGCUGAACGCCAUGACGUUCCUCGAGGCGUGUGACGCUCUGGAAGCUGCUGCCCACGACGACGGAUCGAGCCUGAUUGAGCCUUAUUCUGUCAUGGAUAAGGCGGGUUUUGACUUUGUGCCGGACGCUCUGCGCCAGGUCGUUGAUCCCGAUGUCGAGAGCGACAACUAA